AAAACGGAACGUUUUGCAGGAAUAACGUGCAGGGGGCAAUUUCUCUCUUUCUAAUGAGUUUCUCAUUUUGCCUCUUUGAUUGCUGGAUUUGAACCGAGAAGAAGAGAAAAGAAUGGCGUGUUUACAUGAUCACAACUGCGAAGAUCACGAUUGUUCCUCGAGUUGGUCUCUGUAUAAGCACAUCGACCUUUCCAAGGUAUCUGCUCUAAAUGAGGCUGUCUCAGGAAGUGUUAAGUCAGUUUUCAGAGCUUGGGAGCAGCGUCUUGAUUCUUCUGGGGAACACUUGGCGAGCAAUGAGGGUGAUCCUGAAUUACUUGUUUACGUUCCAUUUACAACAGAUGUUAAGAUCAAGAGCAUAUCAGUUGUUGGUGGUGCUGAUGGAACUAGCCCUUCCAAGAUGAGAGUGUUCAUUAAUCGGGAUGGCAUUGACUUCUCAGAUGCUCAAAGUAUGCAACCUGUUCAGGAGUGGGAUUUGGUUGAAAAUCUGCAUGGAGUGUUAGAGUACCAGACAAGAUAUUCAAAGUUUCAAAGUGUUGCAAGCAUUACAUUGCAUUUCCCAGAAAGUUUUGGUGGCGACACAACCCAAAUCCACUAUAUUGGCUUUAAAGGAGAAGCUACCCAGUUGAAGAGGGAUGUUGUUGCAACCAUUGUGUAUGAACUUACGCCCAAUCCUUCUGAUCACAAAACACGAGCCGAAAGUGGUGGAGGUCUUUCUCAUGUGGAAUAAAGAAAUACAGGCUAGCCUUGGCAUACUUAUCAAGAAUCUGAUACUUUAAUACAUAUUCUGACUUAAUAGUUCGUUCUAAUCCCCUUUGUUGUGUAUAUUUCCUAUCUUGCUAGUACUCGAGUUGCCCUGUACUGUUAAAGACAUCGAGCCCUUGUCUCUUUUUUUUUUUUAUCUCAGUUGCAUAAUCUGAGAUAGCCAUCUCUCAUUCCUUAUCCCAUCUCUUAUUCCUUAUCUCAUCUCACUCGCAUAUCAUGCGAUU